GUUCCCAGGGUGGCGUCCGUUGUCCAUCCAGGCCCUGCCCAGCUCCUGGUGUUGCUUUUCCCUCCCAGCGUUCAGUGGGCAGCCGGUGCUGUGGAGCCAACACCAUGAGGGUCUAGUGGCACCUAGUCAACCACAGUCUUUCCGAGUGGCCAGGCUGUGGGAGGAUGGGGCAGGACCAGACAAAGCAACAGAUUGAAAAAGGGCUGCAGCUGUACCAGUCCAACCAGACGGAGAAGGCGCUGCAGGUGUGGAUGAAGGUGCUGGAGAAAGGCUCUGACCUCGUGGGCCGCUUCCGGGUGCUAGGCUGCCUGGUCACAGCUCACUCAGAGAUGGGCCGCUACAAAGAGAUGCUGAAGUUUGCUGUGGUCCAGAUUGACACUGCGCGGGAGCUGGAGGACGCCGACUUCCUGCUGGAAAGCUACCUGAACCUGGCACGCAGCAAUGAGAAACUGUGUGAGUUCCACAAAACUAUCUCCUACUGCAAGACAUGCCUUGGCCUGCCUGGUACCAGGGCUGGUGCCCAGCUUGGGGGCCAGGUCAGCCUGAGCAUGGGCAAUGCUUUCCUGGGCCUCAGCCUCUUCCAGAAGGCCCUAGAGAGCUUUGAGAAGGCCCUGCGCUAUGCCCACAACAAUGAUGACACCAUGCUGGAGUGCCGUGUCUGCUGCAGCCUGGGCAGCUUCUACGCCCAGGUCAAGGACUAUGAGAAAGCCUUGUUCUUCCCCUGCAAGGCUGCAGAGCUUGUCAACGACUAUGGCAAAGGCUGGAGCCUCAAGUAUCGGGCCAUGAGCCAGUACCACAUGGCUGUGGCCUACCGCCUGCUAGGCCACCUGGGCAGCGCCAUGGAGUGUUGUGAGGAAUCCAUGAAGAUUGCUCUGCAGCAUGGUGACCGACCCCUGCAGGCACUCUGUUUGCUCUGCUUUGCUGAUAUCCACCGGAGCCGGGGGGACCUGGAGACAGCCUUCCCGAGGUACGACUCUGCUAUGAGCAUCAUGACAGAGAUUGGAAACCGCCUGGGGCAGGUGCAUGUGCUGCUGGGUGUGGCCAAGUGCUGGAUGGCCAGGAAGGUGUUGGACAAGGCUUUGGAUGCCAUUGAGAAAGCCCAGGACCUGGCUGAAGAGGUUGGAAAUAAGCUGAGCCAGCUCAAGCUGCACUGCCUGAGUGAGGGCAUCUACCGCAACAAAGGGCUGCAGCGUGAGCUGCGCACGCACGUAGUGAGGUUCCAUGAGUGUGUGGAGGAGACUGAGCUCUACUGUGGCCUAUGUGGCGAGUCCAUUGGGGAGAAGAACAGCCGGCUGCAGGCCCUGCCCUGUUCCCAUAUCUUUCAUCUCAGAUGCCUGCAGAACAAUGGCACUCGGAGUUGUCCCAACUGCCGCCGCGCCUCCAUGAAGCCAGGCUUCGUGUGACUUCAGUGGCCAUCUUUGGCGUUGACAUCACUUCCCUUGGCUGCUCCUCCACCACCAAGCUGAAGGUGCUGGUGAAAUUCUAGGUUAGCCACCGGGGCCUCCUUUGCUGACUCAGGGCCGGGGGCUUGCCUGCUGCUCCUCUGGGCCUAGCUCCCCUCCUCUGCCUCUUUGUACUUCAUUCUUUAUAGAAAAAUAAAAUGUUUGUACCAGG